GUCGCGCGACCAAGGCAGGGCGCGUUCAGGAUCAAAGCGCCGCUCCGGGAUUUAUCAGUGACGGAAUAAAGCGUUUGUCUGUAGUUGUGUUAACGUUAUAAUAACGUUAGUUAUCGAAAUAAGCCACAUCCGCUCGGUAUUAGAAACUCAAACUAAAAAAUCAUCAACAAGAGAAACGUGAGAAGAUAAAAUAGGUCAGUGUGGUGAGAUCUGCUUCCGGUGGUAAAGGUCAGCUCGCACGAGAAAAAAAAAAAAAAAAAAAAAAAAAAAAAGGCAAGGACCCAAGAAAACCUUCGGGAACCAACAGAAAACCUUCAGAAAACCAACAGAAAACAUGUCCCACACCAUCCUGCUGGUGCAGCCCACCAAGAGGCCCGAGGGAAGGACGUACGCCGACUACGAGUCCGUCAACGAGUGUAUGGAAGGUGUGUGUAAGAUGUACGAGGAGCAUUUAAAGAGAAUGAAUCCCAACAGCCCGUCGAUAACGUACGACAUCAGCCAGCUGUUUGACUUCAUCGAUGACCUGGCUGACCUCAGCUGUUUGGUGUAUCGCGCCGACACACAGACGUACCAGCCGUACAACAAGGACUGGAUUAAAGAGAAGAUCUACGUGCUGCUCCGCCGUCAGGCCCAGCAGGCGGCGAAGUGAGGCCCCUGAGCGAGGGCGGAGGGUCCAUGUGGUUUUUCUUAUCCGUAACAGUUUUUAAGUUGUUUUGAGACGUUUGACAGUUUUUAAAGUUUUUU